AUGCCGGGCUUCCGCUUCUUGGAGCUCGUGCGGCCUUUCAUGAGCAUCCUCCCCGAGGUCACUGCUCCUGAGCGCAAGGUCACCUUCAACACCAAAAUCGCCUGGACAGCCACCACACUCCUGAUUUUCCUGGUCUGCUCGCAGGUCCCCCUUUACGGUAUCAUGUCGUCUGACUCGUCCGACCCGCUCUACUGGCUCCGAGCCAUCAUGGCUUCCAACCGAGGCACGCUCAUGGAGCUCGGUAUCACCCCUGUUGUCACUUCGGGCAUGAUCAUGCAGCUGCUGGCGGGUGCGCAGUUGAUUGAUGUUGAUUUCAACUUGAAGGAUGAUCGCGCGUUGUUUGGCGGUGCUCAGAAGCUCUUCGCUCUCAUCAUUGCUCUCGGCCAAGCCACCGUCUACGUCCUCACUGGGAUGUACGGCGCCCCGUCGUCCCUCGGUCCCGGUGUCUGCCUUCUCUUGAUCCUCCAGCUCGUCUCGGCCAGUCUUAUCGUCAUGCUCCUCGACGAGCUCCUGACCAAGGGCUACGGUCUCGGCUCCGGUAUCUCCCUUUUCAUCGCUACCAACAUCUGCGAGUCGAUCGUCUGGAAGGCCUUCUCACCCAACACGAUCAAUACCGGCCGCGGACCGGAGUUCGAGGGCGCCAUCAUCGCCUUCUUCCACCUGCUCCUCACGUCCAACAACAAGUCGCGCGCCCUCAAGGAGGCCUUCUACAGGGACCGGCUUCCUAACAUCAUGAACCUCCUCGCAACGGUCGCGGUGUUUGCGGCGGUCAUUUACCUGCAGGGAUUCCGGGUCGAAAUCCCCAUCAAGUCGAGCAAGAUGAGGGGCCAGCGCGGAUCAUAUCCCGUCAAGCUGUUCUACACGUCCAACAUGCCCAUCAUGCUCGAGUCGGCCCUCACCAGCAACAUCUUCCUCAUCUCGCAGAUGCUUUCGUCGCGCUUCCCCGAGAACUUCCUCGUCAAGCUUCUCGGUGUUUGGGAGCCCCUCGAGGACCUUCCGUCCCAACUCUGCGCGACCUCCGGUAUCGCCUACUACAUCUCCGCCCCGCACUCGGUCACCGCGGCCCUGCGCGACCCCUUCCACACCGCCAUCUACAUCACCUUUAUCGUCACCGUCUGCGCCAUCUUCUCCAAGACCUGGAUCGAGGUCUCCGGCUCGGGACCCCGGGACGUCGCCAAGCAGCUCAAGGACCAGUCGAUGACGCUUGCGGGACACCGGGACGCGUCCAUCUACAAGGAACUCAAGCGGGUCAUCCCGACGGCCGCGGCGUUUGGAGGUGCGACACUCGGCCUCUUGUCGGUCGUGGCGGACUUGAUGGGUGCGCUCGGGAGCGGGACAGGUAUCUUGAUGGCGACUACGAUUAUCUACGGAUACUUUGAGCUUGGCGUCAAGGAGAAUGCCGGUCUGGAGGCUGCUGGUUUGGGAGACAUGAGUACGCUUGUUUGCCCUGAUGGAGUCCGAAAUACAUGCUGA